AUGACUUCUGAUAAAGAUACAAGGUAUGACCUGACUACUGAUAAAGAUACAAGGUAUAACCUGACUUCUGAUAAAGAUACAAGGUAUGACCUGACUUCUGAUAAAGAUACAAGGUAUGACAUGACUUCUGAUAAAGAUACAAAGUAUGACAUGACUUCUGAUCAAGAUACAAGGUAUGACCUGACUUCUGAUAAAGAUACAAGGUAUGACCUGACUUCUGAUAAAGAUACAAGGUAUGACCUGACUACUGAUAAAGAUACAAGGUAUAACCUGACUUCUGAUAAAGAUACAAGGUAUGACCUGACUUCUGAUAAAGAUACAAGGUAUGACCUGACUUCUGAUAAAGAUACAAAGUAUGACAUGACUUCUGAUCAAGAUACAAGGUAUGACCUGACUUCUGAUAAAGAUACAAGGUAUGACCUGACUUCUGAUAAAGAUACAAGGUAUGACCUGACUACUGAUAAAGAUACAAGGUAUAACCUGACUUCUGAUAAAGAUACAAGGUAUGACUUGACUUCUGAUAAAGAUACAAGGUAUGACCUGACUUCUGAUAAAAAUACAAGGUAUGACCUGACUUCUGAUAAAG